CCGGCCGGGGGUCGUCCCCCAUGAGUAGCAGCAGUUUUCACCAAAAGCAGCUUCACAAUGAGGGCCACUUUCAUGUCUUCAUUCUUUUGAGUGGAGGAGGAAGCAAGAACAAGGACAGCAAGUCGCAUUCAUUUUCCUUUUUCGUUCCUUCUAAUCCCAUUGACAUACGCUUCUUACCUCCUUAGCUAAUAAUUGUUUUGCGAAUUAAAUCCAGUAAGAGGCGCUGGUUAGCCGCUCAGACCAAACCUCUCUGUUUACCCCACUUUCCCCCUCGGUGUUAGGGGAGCUAGCUAGCUAGCUUACCCAGGCGAAGGUAACUCUUUCCCUCCAUCUGCACACCGACAUGUCGGAGUACCUGGACGACCCGUCUGUGCUCACCAAGGAAAAGCUGAAAAACGAACUGUUGGCCCAUAAUGUAGAGCUUCCGAGCGGCAACCCGACUAAGGACGUGUAUGUGCAGCUUUAUCUGAAGAACAUUACCGCUAAUAACAAGAAGCAUGUCACGGCUACGACUCUGGACGUCUUCUCCAGCGACGAUGAACUGCCGCCGCCCGUAGUCUCCAGCAGAAGUCGCUCCUCCGGCAGAAAAGCCACCAGGAAAACAGACAAGGUUCGGCCAGACGAGAUGGAUGUUACUGUGCUGACCGAUGACGGCCUAAAGGAUGAGCUGCUUAAGCACGGAGUGGACGCGGGGCCGAUUGUGGCAUCCACCCGUAAGCUGUAUGAGAAGAAACUGCAGAGGCUGCUGGAUGACGGUCCUGCACAGCUGCCGCUGCCCGAGCUUGUUCUCACUGAGAUACAAGUCAACCACAACGGCAACUCUGAAUCGGACCUGUACAGUGACAAGGAGGACGAAGUGACAGCAGAACAAGAACCUGUGACAGAACCUGAACCUCCUCCAGUAGUGGAGAAACCAGUAAGGAGCCGAGGGAAGACGCCCGUCACCAGCCGCACCCGCAGCGGUCAGCACCACACGAGAGACCAGUUAAUGGAUGAUGAUGAUGAUGAUGAAGAGCCUGUCCUGCAAGUAAAGCGCAGAUCCAGGAGGCUGUCCUAUAGAAUGAUAGUGCCUGAGGAUCUCAGGCCUUUAUUGACAGAUCAGGUCCAGUUGGUGUCUAAUAGGAGGGUUCACCAAAGACUGGACAGUCCAGUUCGGGCUGCCUCCAUCUCGUCCAGACCUGCUCAGCUCAAAGAGAAGGAGCUGGGGCUACUUCCCGAACCCAGCAAGGAUUCAUCUCACAAGCCAGUCGGUCUGCUCAACACUGCCCUGUUAGAGGAACCUGAGCCAAGUAGUAAACCUUUAAGACCAGCUCAGAGUCCACGACCGGCUGCAAAGCCAUCCAGGACUUCCUCCGCUCUGAUUCAACUCACCAAAGUCGACCCAGUCACCUUGUGUAACAUCUCACCCAUUAAGAGACCAGAGUACCACUGGUCUCUGUCAGACCAGUUUGGCGCUAAGCAUGUCGGUGUCUGCGUAGCACGGGACGAGUGUGCCCCUCCAGAUGUCCUGUUGCAUAAAGGGACGCAGCAGAAAAUCACCAGCUUCAUGUCCAUGUGCAGCCCCAUGAAGACGCUUAGCUGCACAUCUACAAUGUCCAAGGAUGUGUUAGUGAGACAGGUGGAGAAGAUUGCAGCCAGCGACCAAACCCUGAGAGUAGAGGAGAAUGAAGUUCUGAAGGAGCUGUUCCCCAAUGACAUCAGUAGUCCAACAGGAAUCACCGCCACCUGUCGACGACCCAUUAGAGGGGCUGCACAUCGCCCGGUGAAGUCCAGUGAACUGUGGAAUGAUGAAAACCACAUCUUCUCUCCAAAGACCACCAAGACAAGCAGCUCUUCCUCAUCCUACACAGAGAGCUGCCUUGUCAAUAGAGUCACCAGCCUGCCCCUCUCUACCUCCACCUCCUCUUUCUCCACUUCCUCCUCUUCCUCCUCCAGGCUUCUGUCUGCAGCUUCCCCUGCAGGUCAAACCAAAGCAGCACCCCGCAGCGUGUCUCUGUGGAUAAAGCUGUUUCUGCUGGCCGUCGUGGCUGCUUUCCUGUUCUUAGUUUACCAAGCCAUGGAGACCAACACCAUCAACCCUUUUGUAACCUCAGACACAGAAGUGGCCAGUGGAAGGGCAGGAAGUGUCUGAGAGGGGGAAAAAGAAGCCUGCCUGCUUCAAUUUUUUCCAGUGUGAAUCUGCAUUGUAGCCAUUUUAUUCAUGAGCACUGUGAAAUUACCUGACAUCUUUGCCCUUUUUUAUUUCUAAAUCAAUAUUUUCAGUGAAUCAUUUAAGAGAUGCUAUGUAGCAGUUUCAUUGACACUUCAAUGAUCUCCAUGAAAUGUUGUGAAAGGACAGUAACUCUUGUGCUGUUGUUCUAACAGUCUGAGGUUACAGCGAAGCCAGCCAUUUGUGUGUGUGUGUGUGUGUCUCAGUGUGUGUGUGUGUGUGUGUGUGUGUGUGUGUGUGUCUCUCACACUUUGCCUUAGUGUCUUAGGCAGUUAGUCUUAACAGCCUUGAAGAUGGAGUUUGAACCUGUAUUUGUUUUGUACCUUACUUGUGACCAUCUUUGUUAAUUAGACAGGGAGGCUUGUUAUUAUACACCAAAUUCCUUGAAAUCUUCUUAAACCCUACACCAAUAUUUUCUUAUAUAUUUAAUGUCCCUGUGUAUUCUACUUUAAUUAUGCAUUCACUGUCAAAAUUAUUAAAUAUCCACUCAAUAAACUAGUAUGUUGUUACUGUGCC